AUGGCAUCUGAGACUGGCAACGGUUCAUCCGCAGGCGCAGCCGACACGGGCAGGGACGCUGACCUCUCGCCUUCGACUUUCAGCCGUCCCCUGAGACACUUUCGCGCCAACAGACAAUGGAAAGAAAACGUAGCGCGGGUCCUGGGGGACGAAUUCGAAGGUAAGUGGUCAUCCAUCCACGAAAUGAUGGAAGACCUACAGACAGCCGAACCGUUUGAAGACCAAGCCGGAGAAAAGUGGACGCAAGAGGAGACGGAGCGGGUUGCGCGUCUCAUCUGCUGGGGCUUGACGAACGAGAUGAUUGGGAAGAUUAUCGGGAGGACGGCAACAGCCAUCGGUGCUCAUGUUCGUAAAAAUGAGGACAGUGUAGAGGUCACCAAGGGGCAUGAGGAGCAUGUCUUGAACUGCCAAGCCCCUGGUCCCAGCGAGAAGAGGCAGCUCGACGUAAUCUGGUGUCCCUUCGGUGAUUAUUCUCCAUGA